AUGGCAUCUCCAUAUCCUGCGCUCAGCUCUUCCUUUUGUCACAGUGGAUUGUGGGAGAGCUCUGCUCUGGGCAGCUGGGGCCCUGGGUGUAAACAGGUCGGACCAAAUAAUCGGUUGAAUGCGUUUCUCUGGAGCACCAUGAGCACCAUCUCCCCCACAGACUUCGACAACCUGGAGAUCCAGCAGCAGUACAAUGACAUCAACAACCGCUGGGACUUGGCCGCAGAGACGGACUGGGACAAUGAGAACAGCUCGGCUCGCCUCUUUGAACGCUCACGCAUCAAGGCACUGGCUGAAAACAUGGAGUGGGAGCACAGGGAGAGGGAGCCCUGUCUCUCCCCAGCAGCGUUUGUUAACCAGGUGCAAUACUCCAACAUCUUGGAGGGCCGCUUUAAACAGUUGCAAGAUGAGCGUGAAGCGGUUCAAAAGAAAACCUUCACUAAAUGGGUAAACUCUCACUUGGGCAGAGUCACCUGUCGCAUCGGUGACUUGUACACAGACCUGCGGGACGGCCGCAUGCUGAUCCGUCUGCUGGAAGUGCUGUCAGGAGAACAACUGGUCAGUGUCCCUCAGGAAACCUUUUAA